AUGGCCGGUAAGCCUCCGUCUGGGGCGCCGUUCGAGGCCACGCCGAAGCAGGACACCAAGACGGCGUAUAGCGAGAAAUCGCUGGACGGCGCAACUAGUUCUCCUCCAUCGGACAGUGGAGAGGUAAAAGCCGUCAGCCCCAAGGGGUUGGGCUCGACGGAAGACCACGUGUUUUCGGAGCCGAGUGCUGCGGAUUACUGGCGGAAGGUGUACGAGCGUGCCGGCUAUGAGAACCGACGCCGUUUCGAUCCUAAAUUUCAAUGGACGGCCGAUAAGGAGAGAAGGCUUGUCAAAAAGCUUCCCGAGUUGGGCAUGGACACGAACGAUUUUAACUAUGGUCAAACGAUCUUUCUCGUCUCUUUCCUUGCGGCCGAGCUGCCAAGCGGUCUUGUCAGUAAGAGGCUGGGAGCUGAUAGAUGGAUUCCAACGAUCAUGGUGGGUUGGUCCAUAGUGGCCGGAUCACAGGCCUUCCUCACCAAUCGAGCUGGGUUUUAUGCCAUUAAAUGCCUGCUUGGAUUGCUCAUGGGUGGUUUUAUUCCGGACGUCGUCUUAUAUCUCACCUAUUUCUACAAGUCCAAUGAGCUUCCCGUGAGGUUGGCGUGGUUCUGGACGGCACUCAGCACGUCUAACAUCCUAGGGUCCCUAGUUGCGGCGGGUGUCCUACAGAUGAGAGGUAUUUUGGGAUGGGGAGGUUGGAGGUGGCUCUUCCUACUAGAAGGUAUCGCCACAGUUAUUGUCGGCAUUCUCUCCUGGGGACUCAUGCCUCCCGGUCCGUGCCAAACAGCAAACUGGUUCAGGGGGAAGAAAGGCUGGUUCACAGAAGAGGAAGAGCUGAUUCUGGUCAACCGACUGCUACGAGACGAUCCCAGCAAGGGAGACAUGAACAACAGACAGGGUGUCGGAGGAAAGCUGCUGUGGCUCGCCAUCAAGGACUGGGAACAGUGGCCACUCUACCUGAUCGGACUGACAGCGUACAUCCCGCCGGCGCCGCCAGCCACGUACCUAUCAUACAUCCUACGACAACUUGGCUUCUCCGUAUUCGAAGCCAACCUCCUCGCGAUGCCCUCCCAGUUCCUGUUCGCCGUCAACCUGCUCAUCCUCUCCUGGUUUUCGGAAAGAGUGCGCGAGCGCGCCUCGGUGUCCUCCCUCUCCAACAUCUGGAUCUUUGCCUGGCUAGUCCCGCUGGUGGUGCUCCGCGCCGACGCCAGCCCCUGGAUCCGCUACGCGCUGCUGACGGGCCUCCUGAGUUACCCGUACUGCCACGCCAUCCUGGUGGGGUGGAACGCCAAGAACAGCAACUCGGUGCGCACCCGCGCCGUCAGCGCGGCGUUGUACAACAUGUUCGUGCAGAGCGGCAACAUCGUCGCGUCCAACAUCUACCGCGAGGACGACAAGCCGCUCUACCGCCGUGGCAACAAGAUUCUGCUGGGCAUUUGCUGCUGCAACAUUGUGCUCUUUUACGGAGUCAAGGCGUUUUAUAUCUGGCGCAACAGGGUGCGCGAUAGGAAAUGGGCAGCCAUGACGAAGGAGGACCAGGAGGACUACCAGCUCAACACGACGGACGAGGGGAUGAAGAGGUUGGAUUUCCGGUUUGCGCAUUAA